UUCAUAUGCCAAAAGUGAUAACAAUAACUACGAAAGUGGAAAACAACGAUCACCUAGGAGUCGGCGCACAGCUUCUGAACCAAUUUUUGAUAAUGAAAGACAAGUAGAUCGUAAACAAUCUAAUCACCAAUUAUACUCCUCAAAGUAUUUACAUCCUGAUCAACCAUCACCACAUUCAUCCAAAAAUUUACGUACAAGUCCUGAACCAAGUAGUAAAAAUGAGAUUCGUUGUUGUAAAUGUAGUCAGCCUGGACAUUUUACAAGUGAAUGUCCGCAACGCAAUGAUCAAUCACAACCUAAUAGUCAAUUUCCACAAUUUCAACAUCAAUCCCAACAACCACCAUUUGAUCAAAGACAGAGUAAAACUUUGGAUUCAAGCAUUAAUAAUGAUAUUUUAUAUUAUAAACUAGAUAGUUCUGCAAAUUUAAAUAAAUUAGACGUAUCAUUAGAAAUCAAUUCAAAUUAUGAGCAACCAAACAAUGAAUAUUUAAUUUCGAAUAGGGCAAUUUUAGAUAAAAAGGAAUCUUAUGAAGAUAUGAAUAUAGAUGCGGAUGUAUUUAGUGGUGUUCAAUUUUCUAAACCUAUUAUUAGAAGUAACAAUGACUUCACAGCUAUUUCAAAAUUUGUUUCAAUAGAUUCAACUUUUUCUCCUGGAAUGUCAGCUGCUGCGCAUGUUGAAGUUGAUCGAUUGCUUUCAUUACUUGAAGGGAAGAAGGCUAAAAUCGAUCACAUAUUAGAGUCACAGCAUGUAUAUGCAGUGGGUAUUGAUUUUCAAAAAGACUUAUUUGAGAAUGAGUUUGAAAUUAUAGAAAAAAUAUUGACACCUACAGAUACAGACGUCAAUAAUAGCAAUAGUACACCUCCUUCCGGUGAUGAAAAGGAAUCUAAAGAAAAGGAAAAUGAUGAUAAUUGUAGUGGAAAUGAUGAAAAAAAUGGUGAUGGGACCAGUGAGAAAGAAAAUGGUAGUGAGGAUGACGAAGAUGGUAGUGGAGAUAGUGGUGGAGAAAAUAAUAAGAAUGAUAACAAGGAUAAUGGUAAAGAAAUUAAUGAUAAUAAUAGUAAUGAUGAUGGUAAUGGAGGAGAUGGGAAUGGAAGCAUAAUCAGUGACUUUAAAAAUAUUAUAGUUACAUCAGCAAGUCGAGUCAUUACUAAAGAAA